AUGGCCACAGCUGGAGCAGAAGUCCCAGGCCUAAGCACCGGUGCCAUUUUGGAGACAGUGGCCACUUCAACACCAGAGGGAACUGGAGAAAUAGCUGUCGUGGCCGCCUCUAAAACUGGCACCAAGGCUGCAGGCUUCAGAAACAGCAGGCGCAGCAGCAGAAUCUACCACUCCUGGAUCCUUCCAGGAUUCCACCGCCUGAGGCAACCAUUUCAGACUGCCUGA